GAGGUUUGGGGCACAGCCCUGCGGGUUCGGGGUGCUCCGAGAGCGGGCCCAGCACCCCUCGCCCGCGGCUCCGCGCUGCAGCUCCAGGUGGAGGCAGUGCGCUGCGCUCCGCGCUGGGGAAAGAGAGGGGAACUGUUCUCCCCGCAGCUCCUUCUCGGGGCUCGGUUGCAGCAGCGGGUCCGGUUUCCUCGCGCUCUCCUCGCGCGGUGCGUUUGUUUAAAGGCUGCUUUGAAGCGCUCGCGGGCAUCCCUCGGUCACGCUGGCGGAGCUUUGCUUGCCAGCCCGCUUGGCUUUUUUGGAAGUGGCACUGCACGCACGGAAGCUGUCAGCAGGCCGUCUCCGAGAGGCUUUGCAUGCCAAAACAUCCCCCGGUUGGACGAUGGCUGCAAUGCUGAAUGUUGAAUUGACAGAUGCAGGCAGGGGAAAUCAACCGGCUUCCAACAAAGAGAUUAAUAACACGACAGCACCUGGGCUGCCCUUUCUCAUCAUUGAAACAAGCACAAUCCAGCCCUACCAGCGGGGCUUCUACUGCGAUGACGACAGCAUCAGGUACCCACUGAAGUCAAUGGAGACAAUCAACGACGCAGUGCUGUGUGCUGCGGGCAUCCUCAUCGCCAUCCUUGCUAUCAUCACAGGAGAGCUCUACCGCAUCCACUACCUGAAGGAGAAGUCGCACUCCUUUAUCCAGAACCCUUAUGUGGCAGCUCUCUACAAGCAAGUGGGCUGCUUCGUUUUUGGCUGUGCCAUUAGCCAGUCCUUCACAGACAUUGCCAAAGUGUCCGUCGGGCGCUUGCGGCCACAUUUCCUUGAGGUUUGUGACCUGGAUUUCUCCACCAUCAACUGCUCGAAGGGGGUUUACAUCCAGAACUACACCUGCAGGGGAAGUGACAGCAAAGUCCAGGAAGCCAGGAAAUCCUUUUUCUCUGGGCACGCAUCCUUCUCCCUCUACACCAUGCUGUAUUUGGUGUUCUAUCUGCAGGCCAGGUUCACGUGGAAGGGCGCCCGCCUGCUCCGUCCCCUGCUGCAGUUCACACUCAUCAUGAUGGCAUUUUACACAGGCCUGUCCCGCGUGUCGGACCACAAGCAUCACCCCACCGACGUGCUGGCAGGCUUUGCACAGGGAGCCCUGGUGGCUUACUGCGUGGUGUUCUAUGUCUCUGACCUCUUCAAACCCAAGCCCAAGACCUGCCUGCCACCACCCCCCAUCCGGAAGGAGAUCCUCUCACCUGUGGACAUCAUCGAACGCAAUAACCAUCACAACAUGGUGUAGGCCUUUGAGCAAUCGGAUUGGUGUUGUAUUUUAUUUUUUAUUUUUUUUUUUGGCAAAAAAAAAUGACUGCUGACAGCAACUACCUGCUGCUCUCAAAUCUCAUCAGACAGUAGAAUGUAGGGAGAGACUUUCUUGCCCGACCGGUAAAGUCUUACUCUGUGGUCUUUUCAACUGGCGACAUUUGGAGGAAAGGAGUGGUGGUGGUGGUGAACGAAGUCAAGAGCGACAGCGAGAAACAAACACCCAGCAAAAAGCCGAGCAAGCAAAGAGGUGCCGGAGUUCUGGAUGUGCAAUUGGUUUGAGUGUUCAUGUUGUAGUGAACGCCAAAUUGUUCCUAGCGUAAAGAACACUAAGGGAUUUUGGAAAGCUGGCCAUCUUAGGGUUUUGUUGUUUUUUUUUUUAAUUAUUAUUUUUGACGAUGAAGAUUUCUAAUGCAGGCAAGAAAAAAAAAAAAACAACUCGCUAAUUAUAUAGCACUACAUGCGAGAAACAGCACUGAGUCAAGAUCUGGGAUUGGUUUGUAAGAGUUGCUUUUUUUUUUUUUUUUAUUAUUAUUUUGGAUGCUAGUUUGUUUCUGCCUCCUCUUUUCCAUACUGUGACUUAGCAUAGAAGGAGCAUGCCCAGCCGAGGAUCUCCGGAGGGUCUCUGUUCACACCACGCACCUUUCACGAGCAGUCCCGAGAUGCACGGCGAAGCUGAACAAACGCACCCUCAGAGCACAAGCCCACAUUUCUUCCUUCCCGCUCGCUUCCUGGCGAGGCUUCAUCCUGCCUGAGCCACCGGGCACACGCAGCAGCCGCAAAUGGCCCUAAAAUGGAAAAGAGCAUCCUCCGCUUCCCGGUCCUUCCCCCUCUCUGAACGGCAGCAGACUUUCUGUGUGCUCACAAUUUGGGUAGCGGCGGCUCGGCCGGAGACCUGUUCGCACUACGACCUCGGGGCUGAGUCCUGGGGAACCUUGAAUUCUGCCCUUUCGGGACGGGCUGCUGGGCGGCACGUCCCAGCCUGGGUGUCAGUCCAUUUGUAUAUCCCCCCCCCCAACCCUGCUUCUCCCAUUGGUGUCCCGGUGCUCUGCUUGGUGACACUGAUGGGAAGCCAGCUGUGCCUCUACCCAAUGUGAUUUAUAGGGUUUUUUUUUCUUUUUGCCCAGAAACCACAAGUUUUUGGCUUGCAGACCUUUCAGAGAGAUCGUUUGCAAAGGGAUCACACAAAGCAUGCAGAAUGGCCAUUUGCACAUCCUUCGUACAGAAUCCGUCCUAUCAUUUCAACUAUAGCAAGCUAUGAUUUUUUUAUAUAUAAAUAUUAUAUAAAUAAUGUAUAAAACCUUAAAAAUUAACUAUGUAAAAUAUUAUUUCUGAAACAAUUUUAGAUAUAUCCACUAUGACUAUAAACUGUGUCCUGACCUGUGUUAUUUACAUUUUGCUGCUUAAAAAAGCAUUGAAUUAAUUUUUUUAUAGUCGACUAAAAUAUUGUAGUUCUGUGGUAGGAAUAUUUUAAUGAAAAUAACUACAAUUAGAGACAUUUGUAUAAAAAAAAAUCAUAUUAAAUUGUCUGUAUUUUUGUAAUGUUCCAUUUUGUAAAGAGAAGAAUAUUCAAAGACUUUUGUAGAAUACAAAAUGAAAGUUUGUAUCUGCGAAAUUAUUGCUGUAUAAAUGUGCUUUUUAAAUAAAAGCUCAUAACACAACUAAA